GUGUGUCCGAAGCGGCGGCAGGAGAAGGAAUGAUGGCGUCCUCAGCUGCUCGUUGCUCCUCACGCUGGAUUACAGUUAUCGUGUCCUCCGGCCACCGCAGGGCCGCCGGGGCUGCUGUCUGCGCUGGCCAUGGAGGGGUCCGAAGUAUUUCUACCCUGGGAGCGGAUAAACUGUGGCGGGGAGGGAGCCAGAUGUGUGUCGGAGCAGGGAAAGCGUUGACAUUGAGAGGGCUGUCAGGUUUAAAAUCGCCUCAUGCUUCCUGCACACUGUCCUUUCACACAAGUGCCCCUGCUAGCAGCAAGCAGGACUUCUACCAGAUCCUCGGCGUGCCUCGCUCGGCAACCCAGAAAGAGAUCAAGAAAGCCUACUACCAGAUGGCCAAAAAGUAUCACCCUGACACCAACAAAGACGACCCACAAGCCAAGGAGAAAUUUGCUCAGCUGGCUGAAGCAUACGAGAUCCUGAGCGAUGAAGGAAAGAGGAAGCAGUACGAUGCCUACGGCUCAUCAGGCUUUGAUACGGGUUAUGCCGGUGGAGGGCAGCACCAGUGGUCUGGACACGCCAGCAGCAUUGACCCCGAGGAGCUCUUCCGCAAGAUCUUUGGGGAAUUCUCCGGAGGCCGUGGCUUCGGAGACUUCAAUGCCAUAUUUGAACAGCCACAGGAGUACAUCAUGGACCUGACGUUCACUCAGGCAGCAAAGGGAGUCAAUAAAGAGUUCUCGGUUACCGUAGAAGCAGCCUGCCUCCGUUGUGAUGGUAAAGGCCACGAGCCAGGCACUAAAGUCCAGCACUGCCACUACUGCAACGGCUCGGGCAUGGAGACCAUAAACACGGGCCCGUUCGUGAUGCGCUCCACAUGUCGGCGCUGUGGCGGCAAAGGCUCAGUCAUCUCCACUCCCUGUAACGCGUGUGGGGGGGCGGGGCAGACCAAGCAGAAGAAGCAGGUGAUGGUUCCUGUGCCUGCAGGAGUGGAGGAUGGUCAGACAGUCAGAAUGCCGGUUGGUAAGAAGGAGAUCUUCAUCACAUUUAGGGUUCAGAAAAGUCCUGUGUUCAGGAGGGACGGGGCAGACGUCCACUCCGACCUUUUAAUCUCUGUGGCACAAGCCAUCCUGGGCGGCACGGCCCGAGCACAGGGCCUUUAUGAAACACUAAACCUAUCAAUCCCUGCAGGCAUCCAGGUAGACCAGAGGAUCCGUCUGUCCGGGAAGGGGAUCGCUCGGAUCAGCGGCCACGGCUUCGGAGACCAUUAUGUCCAUGUCAAAAUAAAAGUACCCAAGACGCUGUCGGACAGACAGAGAUCUCUGCUAAUGAGCUACGCUGAGGACGAGACAGAGGUGGAGGGGACCGUGAACGGUGUCACUAACACCACCACAGGUAAAAGGUCCUCCUGGAACUGAGGAGCGUCAUCAGUAGGUCAGAGGGCAGAAGGGUGA